AUGGCGCUCUCCGCUUCAACGCUCCGAUUGCUGAUUGUCGUCUUCGUCGCCCUCGGCAGCGUGACCUAUGGCUACUGCGCCAGCAUCAUCGCCACCACACUCGGCCAACCCUCGUUCAUCUCCUACUUCGAGCUCGACACCCGACCAAAUGCGAGCGACCUGAUCGGCGCCACCAACGGUCUAUUUCAAGUCGGAGGCCUGUUCGGGACGCUGUCGUGCAUGAAGUCCGCAGACUGGCUGGGUCGUCGGAAAGCCCUGUUCGUGGCCAGUAUCGUGACGACCAUCGGGGGUGCGUUGCAGGCCGGGAGCGUGCACAUCGGCAUGUAUAUCGUGGCUCGCCUGAUCACAGGGCUCGGUAUUGGAGCGUUGGUCACUCUUGUCCCCCUUUAUCAGAGCGAGGUCGCACCGCCCAAGAUCCGCGGCAUGCUGGUUGGCAUCCACGGGGUGAUGAUCUGUGUCGGAUACACCUCUGCCAGCUGGAUCGGCGUUGCGUUCUACUUUGUUCAAGCGGCGGGCGCUCAGUGGCGCAUCCCUCUCGCAGUGCAAGCCGUUUGGCCUGCAUGUCUGGCCAUGGGGGUCUUGUUUCUGCCCGAGUCACCGCGGUGGCUUCUCGACCGCGACCGCUUCGACGAGGCAUAUUCUUCAUUCAAACAAGUACGAGCGGAAACAUCCGAUAGCUUUCUGGGCGACGAAGAUGCCAUCCGCGCCGACUUCGCUCUGCUGCAUUCGCAAAUUCUGGAAGAGAAGAAGGAACAACUCUCAACCAUGGACUUGUUCAGAUUGCCCGGGUACCGUAAGCGAGUGGGAAUCGGCUUCAUCAUGAUGGUUGGCGCACAGACAACUGGAACACAGAUCAUCAAUAAUUAUGGGCCGAUGCUGUAUGCAAACCUCGGCUUCGACACCGUCCGCCAACUCAUCAUCCAAGCGGGAUGGAUUUCCGUGUCACCAUUUGGCAAUGGCCUCAACGCUCUGAUUGUCGAUCGAGUCGGCCGAGUCAAAAUGCUGCUAAUCGGCCUUUCUGGCUGUGUGCUCGUUCUCGUCGGCGAAGUCAUCACACUCUCCCAGUUCGAAAAGCACGGAGGAAAUGGGGCCGCCAGCGCCGCAGUCUUCUUUCUAUUCAUGCACGUCGCCGUCUUCGCCAGCACCAUCGACGCGACAUCGUACAUUUAUGCUUCCGAGAUCUUCCCCACGCCCGUGAGAGCAAAGGGCUUAUCGCUAUCCAUCUCGGGGCUGUUCCUCUCAGCAUUGGCUUUGUUGCAGGGAGCUCCCACCGGCUUUGCGAAUAUUGGAUGGAAAUACUACCUGGUGUGCAUUUGCGCUACAUCAGCCAUCAUCGUGGUGGUAUGGUGGAAGUUUCCAGAGACCAAGAUGAUGUCCCUCGAGGAAAUUGGUGCUCUGUUUCCAGACUCAUCCAAGGCUAUUACGGAGAAGGAGAAUGGAAAGGACAGACGCAACUCUUCGGAGGAUGAGGUUGAGAAGGAGCAGAGCCAGGUUGAGGUGGAGCGUGUGCAGUCGUGA